CCAAGUCUCUUUUAAAAUAUAUAUCCACCUAAGAACUUCACUAAAUUAUAGUAACAAUGACAUUGUUAAGUGUUCAAGAAUUGGCUUUCCUUUUUGGCCUCUUAGGUAAUAUUGUGUCAUUUAUGGUGUUCUUAGCACCAAUUCCAACUUUUUACAAAAUAUACAAAAAAGGAUCAUCAGACGGGUUUCAAGCGAUACCAUAUGUCGUUGCAUUUUUCAGUGCAGGACUAUUACUAUACUAUGGUUAUCUCAUAAAAAAUGCCAUCCUCAUCGUCACCAUUAAUGCCUUUGGAUGUGUUAUUGAAGUAGCUUACCUAUUCUUGUUUCUCUUUUAUGCUUCCAAAAAGACCAAGGUCACAACAGUGUGGCUGAUGCUCUUGGACGUGGGAGCCUUAGGAAUAGUGAUGUUACUUUCUUAUCUAUUUGCAAAAGGCGCCAAAAGAGUAGAAAUAGUUGGAUGGAUUUGUGCUAUCGUCAAUAUUGCUGUCUUUGCCGCUCCUUUAAGCAUAAUGAGGCAAGUAAUAAAAACGAAGAGUGUAGAGUUCAUGCCCUUUACUUUAUCAAUAUUCCUCACUCUCUGUGCCACGAUGUGGUUCUUCUAUGGAUAUUUCAAAAAGGACUAUUACAUUGCAUUUCCAAACGUGCUGGGAUUUGUGCUUGGAAUUGUUCAAAUGAUACUAUAUAUUGUAUACAAAUAUGCGAAGAGCAGGCCGUAUAAGGGAGAAUGGGAGCUUGAAGGAGUUGACAUUGGUGAUUUUGAAAACAAAUUCGUUAGCUCAACGAAGAAGCCUUCUUUGGAGAAUGGGCAUCAAAGUAACCAAGAAAACAAUAGGGAUAUGACGAGCGUUUAGACUUUGAAGUAAAGCGGCGUGAGUCGGACCAAUAUAUUUCCAAUAUUGAAACAUACUAUUAAUUAAAACGUUAUUUUAUGUUUCUGUCUAAAUUCUAAAGUGGUCUUGUCCCAUUGGGCAUCUAUUCACUCUUUUAAAUGUUAAUGUAUGGGUGGGGAUCAACCUAUUAAUCAUGUACCAUACUAUAUUUGCUUUUAAUAAAAAUAAAGAAAUUAAGUAUUUCCCUUA